AUGACUCCAGCGCCUAAACCGGUGGAUAAGAAAUAUAACCCACCACCUCCACGUGAAGUCAAAGUCAGAUUUGGUAAAGGUGUCACUGGUACACUUUCCAUUCCUCAUGCUAUGGAUUCAGAUAACCCAUUUGAACAAGAUUUGGCUCCUGUAACCCAUAAAGCGGCUCUUAUUUUACAUGGUCAAGGUGGACACAGAAAUUAUUGUUAUCAAAAACAUUUGGCCCAUCGAUUAGCUAAAGAUUUGGGUAUUUUCAGUUUAAGAAUCGAUUUUAGAGGAUGUGGGGAUUCAGCUGAUAAUGAAAAUAAGUUAGAAGGAAGAACUUUGACUCAAGACGUUGAAGAUAUCCAGGCUGCUGCUGAAUUCGUUCAAAAUGGGAAAUUGAAUGGAUUAGGUAUGGAUUUAACUUUGAGUUCAAUUAUUGCUCAUUCAAGAGGUGGGGUUGCCAUGUUCCUUUGGGCUAUGAAGCAAGAUGAGUUAUUGAAAAAAGGCGACCCAAGAGCAAUUGUUGUGCCUAACUUAGUCAAUUGUGCUGCUAGAUAUAGUUCAGUUACUGUGUUGGAUAGAUAUAGUGAUUUUGGCAAACUUGAUUAUAUGCCAAAUGUACCUAAUUUCAGAUAUGGUAAAUAUGUUCCAUCAGACUUAUCAGCAAGGGAAAUCAUAACAUUAUCGAAACCUGAUUUUAGUGAUUUGAGUUCAUUAUCACGUGAUUUUGCCGUUUUGAGUGUUUAUGGAUUAGAAGAUCAAAUCAUUCCCAAGUACGAUUCAGCAAAUUUUGCCAAUGCUUUGAAUAGGGGACCUAAAUCACAUGUAUUGAAGUUGAUCCCCGAUGCAGAUCAUAAUUUCUAUGGUCACAACAAGAUUGAGCCAGAUGACCAUUUCCAUGAUGUUAAUCCUCUUAAUUUACCAUUGAAAGGAGGUAGAGUCAACUUUAAUUAUCUUGUUGUUGACUACAUCAUUGAAUACCUUUCACCUGAGGAAGAGUUAGACCGUUUCUUACAAGCAACUAAAGUGGUGGGUAAAGUUCCUCGUUGGAAACAUGUUGAAGGAGUAAGCAAUUUUAGAGAUAUUGGUGGAUGGAGAAUUCUCAAACCAACCUUUGAAUUAAGUAAAGGAGCAGGGGGGUCAUCUAAUAAUAGCGGGUUAAAUUAUUAUGUUAAGCCGAACUUGGCAUUCAGGUGUGCAAACAUUGCUGGUAUGACUGAAAACGGUAUUCAACAACUUAAUAAACUUGGUAUUAAAGCAGUAUUUGAUUUACGUUCUGAUGGAGAAGUAGCAAAAGAUGGAUACCCACAAGGAUUGGAGAAAUAUGGUAUCAAGAGAAUUCAUGCACCUGUAUACUCCAAUGACGAUUAUUCCCCACAAGCAAUUGCCAUGAGAUAUACCAAUUUAAUGACUUCAUGGUCAACUUAUGUUCAUGUUUAUGAAGAUAUGUUGGAAUUUGGAAUUGAAUCGUUUAAAAUCAUUUUUCAAUACAUUUUACAUGAAAAUCAACCAUUCUUGUUCCAUUGUACUGCAGGUAAAGAUCGUACCGGUGUUUUAGGAAUGUUGUUUUUGUUAUUGGCUGGUGUUGAUAAACAUACCAUUGGUAAAGAAUAUGAAUUGACAACUGUUGGAUUAAAGCCGGAUCAUCCUAUCCUUAAAAGUAAAUUUAUUGAAACAGUGGCCAAAUUAAAAGAGAAAAUAAGUGAUAAUACUGACAGUGCUACGUCAGCUGAAGAUAUUGAAAAAUUGAUUUCUCGCGGUAGAAGUAAUUGGAACCUUGAAGAAGAAGGUUUCAAUAAUUUGAUUAGUUCUCGUUAUGAAGCAAUGUUGGCCACAAUCGCCUUGUUCAACGAUACGUAUGGAAACAUCGUUCGUUAUAUGAAUGAGAAGUUGGGUUUCAAUCAUGAUGAAAUAAGACAAAUUUAUGAAAACAUUGUCCUUGUUGAUUCUGAUUAUAAUGGCUUUGAUAUUAGUACACAUGUUCAAUGGGACCAUCGUUCUAAGUUCUGA